AUGAGCAGUUUCUUUGUUUUUCAAGUGGUCCACCAGCGCGUCUCGCACCGCGCAUCGAGAAUAAGGGUCAAAGUCGCAUCGAGCUGCGUUGUUCAUAAAGAAAACAGCUUGAUAUCCCUAUUUUAUGUUAUUCGUGAUUUCGCUGGCGAGAUACCAGGGAUCAUGAAAGCCUUCAUUGUAUUUGCCGGUUUAAUCCUCGCUGCUGUUGCAGCCGAAGACCAAUGCUACAAGGACGUAAGCAGGGCUUGCAAACCACCUUCAAGCAAAGCAUCAAUCAGUGCCAUGAAAUGUGACGCCAAAUACGGCGCAAUCGAAAAUGUCCUGGGAGAGCUCCAAAACUACGUGAACGACCACAUUGAACAAUCGAUGGAAUACCUCCUCAUGUCCACUCACUACGCCAACUACGAAAAGAGCCGCGCUGGUUUUGAGAAGUUCUUCCGUGAACUAUCCGAUGACAAGUGGAACACUGCGAUCGAUCUGAUCAAAUACAUAACGAAACGCGGUGGUGAAAUGAGAUUCGUCAAAGACGAGAACGAAGUCGAACAAAACGGCGUCUAUGAAUUGUACGAGCUCGAGGCAAUGGCUAAAUCUUUGGAUAUGGAGAAGACGCUGGCCAAGAAGGCUCAGGACAUCCACGGCCUGGCCACCAAGAGGAGGGACGAGUUCCACGAUCCAGAAAUCUCAUCGCACAUCGAGGAGAAGUUCUCCCACAAGCAGGCCAACACCAUCCGCACCAUUUCCGGUCACGUUUCUGAUCUUACCAAGUUGCUCAGCGACCAAGACAGCUCUUUGUCGCUCUUCUUCUUUGAUCAGUAUCUUCAGAAACUGUAAUUCCUUCGUAGUUUUUUCCAGUACCCAUUUAUUCAAUUUUUUGUGAUAAACUUAUUGUAACAUUGUUAAUGUAAUAUUAUUUUGUAAAACCGUUUAAUUGAAGCUGUUUAAUAAAAGUUAUUUUCAACAAUUAAA